GGGGAAAUAAAAAAAAAAAAAAAAAAAAAAAACCAAUCUUGAACCCACCCAGACUAUUGAGUUACUAACACCGGCCGACCUAUGAAAAGAGUGCGUAGGAUCGAAGGUGGGCUGAAGUGGAUCUGUGGCGGCUGGUUGAUACUCUAUAGGCCGUGAUGAAUCGAGCCACCCACACACUUUACCUUGCAGACUAAGAUUAAAAUCAGUAAAAUCAAAUUCGGUGGGCUGGUCAAUGACUUCACUUCGCAUGGGAGUUGGUCCGUGAUACUUGCCCUAGCCACGUUGGCUGGAGACCUUGGAAAGCCAACCGCGCAAGUGGCCAGUGACGAUCGCAUUAGAGAAAGGAAGAGAAAAAAAGUAAAAUUUCGGAAAAGAAGCUGAAAAGCAAAAAAAUAAAAAAAAUUUCUCUUGUUGAUCGGGUCCCCGAAAAGCUUGGAGGUAGAAUUGAGAUUUGCGCGUCGCUUCCUGCCUUUUUAAAUCAGCUUCUUCCCCUCCGAUCUCUUGCCAUUCUUUUUUCCCCUGCCACAUCUUGAAGUGAACAUCAUCCAGUUUCCUCCCCUCGAUCACUCGGCUCACGCCUCAUUUCAUCUGAUCGCCUCUCUCCUGCCUUCUAUUUGGUCCACAUCCAACCUCACAGAUUCCUCAUCAUGAAGACCACUGCUCUCUCUCUGGCUCUCCUGGCUGCCACCACCAGCAUGGUGAGCGCCGAUGUCUCUGUUGGUGAAUGCGCUCAAAUGUGCAUCAGCAACAUGAACGCCAAGGCUUCCGAGCUCGGUUGCUCCAGCGGUGACUUGGAUUGCCUGUGCAAGAGCGGCAACUACUCCUAUGGUGUGCGCGACUGCACUACUGAGGCUUGCCCUGACGAGAGUGCUGCUGCCGUCGUGGCUGCCGCUCUUGCUGCCUGCCCUAACGGCUCUUCGGACAGCAGCGCUACUGGUACCAACGGUGGUGGUGCCUCCAAGACUGGUGAUUCCGCCUCUGCCACCGGCACUGAUGCCUCCAAGACCGGCGACUCCACUGCCACUGCCACUGGCUCUGACGCUUCCAAGACUGGUGACUCGACUGCCACUGGUACCGACGCCUCCAAGACUGGCGAGUCUACCACCGGCUCGACUACCUUGAGCACUUCUGCUAGCAGCACCACCGACGGCGCCAGCUCCUCCGAGACCGGCUCUAAUGGCUCCAGCUCCACUGAAGGCUCCAACGGCGGUUCCAACGGUGGCAGCAGCGCAACUGAAACUGCUCCCUCCAGCACCUCUACCGACUCUGCUGCUUCCAAGACUGUCUUGGGUAGCGGUGCCCUGGGUGUUCUUGCCCUCGCCGCUUUCUUCGUUCUCUAAACACUUUAUUAAUGACCGACUGCACCCUUGGAUGAGCGAUGGCGUUUAUGAUUCCCCGCCUUUCGCCUGAUUUAUUUUGCAUCCUGUACUGUACAUGUUUUUGUAACGGAUUCUUCGUUUACGACGGUAGAUAAUUAGUGACUACCCAGCUAUAGCUGUGUCAUGACGUACUAAUUUGAAUUGAUCCAAUAAUUACAUUUAAACCA